AUGUAUUCAGCACAGAGACUUGGAGUGGUAUCGGCAGAACUUGAAAGCAUUAGACAAUUGUUUGUAACUUUAGAUAUUUAUAAACGUCCGAUGAUAGCAGUUGAAAAUGAAGAUUUCAUUGCCAAUGUCAACAGAAAGGAAAUGCGUAAAAUCGAAUUCGAAUUGUUGCGAAGACGUGAGAGGGAGCUUCAACAAGAAAAAAAUAAACUUCUUAUUGAACUGUCUAAACUACGUUCGUCAUAUGAAAGUUUACAGGAGUUAUUAGGUUCAUGUGUACAAGCUGAAGAUCAAGUGGGAAAAUCUUUGCAUAAUAAAUACGAGGGAGCACAAGCUCUUCGCGACUCGCUCGGCGCAAUUAGCGUAAGAUUGCUAGCAGCGGCAGAAUACGGUAAAGCAGCACUACGACAUUUAGACGUUGCGCUUCCAGCCUGGAAACUAGCUUCGAUGGGCAAAAGCGGCAUAGAGCGUACGUCUUCAUGUUGUGACGCGUGCUCAUGCCUUACUCGAGCACGUUGUGAUGAGAGAUGCGCGCGACGCGUGCUCGCCGCUUGCUCAGCGCCUCGUGCUGCCCGCGAACUGCGACUAGCUCUAGAUUAUGCUUUCACGGACACGAUGCAUGAUCAUAGAUACAAAAAGACAACUGAAAUAUUCCAUCAAUUUAAAGAUGCUCUGGUUCAAUUCAUUAAUUAUAUUCAUCAGGUUCUUCUCAAUAAUAUCGAGAAUCUUGAAGAUGCUGAGAAAAAUUUAACAGAAUAUAGAAAUCAAUUGAGAUCACACAGAUCUAAAGCAAUCUUAAAAAUGGGUUUAACUGAAUUAUCAUAUGAUUCAGUAACUCUAAAAUCUUUGAAAAGACGUAAUAAAAUACUAAAGGAAACGUAA